AUGGACCAGACGAUCGGGGAAGUUUCGGUUCCGCUGCCGCAACUUCUCGAGGAUUCUCAGGACACGUACUUGGUCAGCGAUGCGUGGCACGAAGCAGUCUUAGGAACUCAGCAGCCGCACUUGCCGUGCAAAGUUUCCUUGUCUGUCGUUCAAGAGUCAUUGCCGAAAAACUGGCCCGUGGCGCAGGCAAAGAACGACCGAGGGCAAAGGUACCCGAUGCAUGUGUUUAUGAUGACGCGUGGCACGCGCGGUGAUGUGCAGCCCUUUGUGGCACUGGCACGGGGACUGGCCGAGCAGCUGGGCUGGCUGGUCACAAUCUGCACGGAACAGAGCCAUGCAGCCUUCGUAAGAAAGCACUCGGACGUCCAUAGCGGCAAGAUCAGAUUUCGGCCUAGCGGUGGGAACACUGAGGCAAGAAUGGACAGUGUGGGCGCGCAUUUCUUGCUCACACAUCGUGCUGAAUUCUUGCAGAUGAUCGCCCUGGCAAGAUCAGAAGCCGAGUUUUUCUCCAGUGCUACGGUCUUCGUCGAUUAUGUCAGAGCUAUGGAGACUGAGCCCAAGCCCGUGGAUCUAAUCAUGUUUGGCUUCACAUUGGCGGGAGUCGCAGCACUGGUCGGCGAGCACUGCCGCAAGCCAGUGGUAGGCUUUAUUUUACAGCCAAGCUGCAUACCGAGCAAGGAGGAGGAUUGGAAAGCAGUGCAGCCCAUUCAUAGCCCGGACGGUCAAAGUCUUCUCGACACCGUCGACGAGAUGGCGUUUACGUCCCACAACUCUUUAAAACUAUUGAAGGACCUUGCGGAAAAGAACCCCUUUGCAUCUUGGAAUUUGAAUCAUCUCCGCAAGCUCUUCGGGCUCGGUCCGACGGACACAUGGCAGGCUUACAACCAGGCAAGGGUUCCUAUCAUCAUCCCAAUGCCGGCGGGUACGUUUCAGCGGCCUCAGGACUGGCCUGACAACAUUAUCCAGACCGAUUUCAUUUUUCUGCGAAACCAGGCUGGUACGGGCAGGAAAUCGUUGGGAGAAGUUGGCGACUUCGUCGAGGCCGCAAGGCAAGAAGGGAAGAAGCUUUGCCUCAUCACCUUCAGCAGUAUGCCUGUUCCCCGCCGUACCUUGCUUCGAAUUAUUGUCAAGAUGCUGAAUGAAGCCAGCUUCCCUGUCUCCGUGAUCUACGUCGGGCGCAUCGAUGAAGGGCCUGAAGACCUCGAAAACGCAGCUCGCCAGUUCAAAGAGACCGGGCGCUUCUUUGAAGCACGAGCUGUGGACUUUGGCCUUCUCUUUCCCGAGAUGGAUUGCUUUGUAGUUCAUGGUGGGCUUGGGACAACUGUCGAGGCUUUGCGAACCAGAAAGCCAUGCUGUGUCACAGGGCCAUUGCUAAUGGAUCAACGCUUCUGGGGCUACGUCUGUCAUGAAAAAGGUGUUGGUCCGAAGCCAGUGUUCAUCGCAGACUUUGAGAAGCACUGUGUGGAUUUCGUGAACAAUGCAGUGGACCCUGAAGAUCCGGAGCAUUGGCAAGCAAACGCUCGCGACUCUGACUGGGGGAAAGUGCAAGAUGAUGGCGUUGAGGCAAAUGUCAACUGCAUCCAGGGAUUGCUUUCAGAACUGGAGCCCUUAGUGACCAGAAGCGAGGUGCAUGACGAUUCUUGGAUGAUGCAGAAAUCAUGGCUUUGCUGCAGCUCCGGUCGCGUCACUGAGCCUGACGCACCCGAAGAGAUAUCGUCGGAGGAUGCAUCCUCAAGACAGACACACAGGUGUGCCGCCUGUGUGCGCUCAAGCUCUGCAGGCCCAGAGACUUCGCCCUGCAGCUCGCCUGUAGCGCGACGACACUGUGCAUUGAGGGCGGCAUCGUCGCACUGGAGGCACCAAAAUCAUGCAAGUGCUCCUUCAUGA